GGGGGAGCGCGGCAGGAAACUGACCCUCGGCGGGGAUUGACCCUCGGCGGGACCCGUCCGCGGCGGGCGGGAAAAACGCCCCGCGGCAGGAUGUGCUCCUUGGCGCUGUUCCCGCCGCCGCCGCCGCCCGGGGACGUUACCCUCUGCGAGUUCAACAAUGCUCUGCUCUGCGGCCGCCUCCACGAGCAGCUGCCCCUGGCCUUCCAGAGCCAGCUGCUCCUGUGCCCUCAGCUCAGCCAGCUGCCCACCCUCAACCUGCCCAAGGAGACCCUCAAAGCCCACAGUCGUCUGGAGCACAGCACCAGACCAGCCUUCACCCACCACCAGGAGGCCCUCUGGAAGAGAUGCCUGAGUGCAUGGAGGGCCGUGGGGCUCUACGGGGUGCUGCAAGAGCUGGCUGGAGCUCAGGAGGAGGAGGGGCUGCAGUGGCUGAAGGCUGCCUCCAGCUGCGCUCUGGCCGCCUGCCGCUGCCUGGCCUCUCUGCAUGGGUCCUUGUUCCCUCACCUCUCCCUGACCACUGAAGACCUGAUCACUGUCUUCUCCCAGGCCGUGGACUGGGCUGGCUGCACCAUCAGGGCCUUUGCCUGGCACCCCCAUACCAACAAAUUUGCUGUGGCUCUUCUGGAUGACUCCAUCAGGGUCUACAACUCCAGCAGUGCCACCAUCCCCUCCCUGAAGCACAGGCUGCAGCGUGCUGUGGCUGCCCUGGCCUGGCAGCCUCUCUCUGCCUCCAUCGUGGCUGUGGCCUGCCAGAGCUGUGUCCUGCUCUGGCACCUGGACCCCACCUCCCUCUCCACCAGACCUUCCUCUGGCUGCGCCCAGGUCCUGUCCUACCCUGGGCACAGCCCUGUCACCAGCCUGGCCUGGGCACCCAGUGGGGAGCUGCUGCUCUCAGCCUCACCAGUGGACACUGCCAUGCUGGUCUGGGAUGUGUCCACUGAGAGCUGUGUCCAGCUGCAGUGGUUUGGCGGGGGAGGAGUCACCUACUUGGCCUGGUCACCUGAUGGCAGCAAGGUGCUGGCAGCCACCCCCGCGGCGGUCUUCAGGGUGUGGGAGGCUCAGACCUGGACCUGCGAGCGGUGGCCAACGAUCAGAGGACGCUGCCAGACAGGCUGCUGGAGCCCUGAUGGCAGCCGACUGCUGUUCAGCGUCCUGGGAGAGGCUCUCAUCUACUCCUUGUCCUUCUCGGAGUACAGAGGGGAGAUGCAGGGGCAGGUGGGAGGCUCCAAGGCAGCUUCAAUCAUGGCAGAUGUGUCCUUGACCACCUUUGAGACCCUCUAUGGGGAGGAGAGGAUCGGAGGAGACAUCCAGGCCAUGGUGUGGGACCCCACGGGGGAGAGGCUGGCAGUGAUCAUCAGAGGCUCUCCAGAUGCUGCCUGCAGCCAGUCCUAUGUUGCUGUCUUCCGCACUCGCAACAGCCCAGUCUUUGAGCUGCUGCCAUGUGGUUUCCUGCGAGGGGAGCGAGGAGCUGAACCUCAACUCAUCUCCUUCCAUCCCAGCUUCCAUAAAGGAGCUCUGCUGACUGUAUGUUGGUCCACAGGCAAGAUCAGCCACGUGCCCUUCUUCUUCAGCAGUGCCCAGCUGCCCUGUGCCAGCCCUGGCUGCAGCCCUGCCAUGCCCAGCGCCAGCGCGAGGGAGCAGCCUCUCUUCUGUGAGCUCUGAGCCCUGCUGGGCUGCUCCUCCCUGGCCUCUUGGGGGUCUUCAGAGCCUCUUCCUAGUCUAAAUUCCUCAUGGUCUUCAAGAGAUCUUCAGAAUGAGGCCUUGAAAUGCUCCCUGGGGUCUUCAGGAGGUCUUCAAACCCUCCUUGGGGUCUUGAAGCCCUCCCAUGGCUCUUCAGCCCAUCCUUGGGCGCUUCUUGGGCUGGUCCUGCACAAAUUAAAUUUGCUUCUCUCCUCUCA